UUCUACCUGCCAGUGGUCAUCAUGACGGUGCUUUAUGUGCACAUCUCUCUGGCCAGCCGCAGCCGUGUGUCCAAGCAGAACCCUGAGGAAAAGAAGGAGAAGAAAGGUCAGAAAUCUAGUGGUCUGCUCAAGAGUCACAUCUUGAAGCAGAACAACAACAACCAGUCUCCUCCUAAACCUAGCCUAGAUACCUGUUCUACGGUGGACACCAUGAAGAACGGCAAACUAGACGAGUCUGUGGUGUCCGCUAAAGCGGACUCCUGCGUGCAGCCGGAGGAGAAGGAGAGCUCGAACGACUCCAGCACAGCCAGCAUAGCACCUAAAGAGCUUAAAGAACGAGCGAACAGUGAGGCGACUUCAAAGGCCGGCUUGACACCCGCGCCCACAGCCGUACCUAAAUUUAACCCUCAAUCCAAAUGGUCCAAGAUCAAGAUAGUCACCAAACAAGCGGGAGAUGAAUGCAUCACAGCCAUCGAGAUCGUCCCACCAAACAGUACCGGCGAGAAGCGCUCCAUCCCUGUGAACCGUCCCCGCACAGUGGCGCGCAAGUUUGCCAGCAUCGCCCGCAGCCAGGUGAAGAGGAAAAGGCAGAUGGCGGCACGAGAGAAGAAAGUGACAAAGACAAUCUUUGCCAUCCUGCUGGCCUUCAUUAUCACAUGGACGCCAUACAAUGUGAUGGUUUUAAUCAGCACGUUCUGCCAGUCGUGCGUUCCAGACACAGUCUGGGCCAUUGGCUACUGGCUCUGCUACGUCAACAGUACCAUCAACCCUGCUUGCUAUGCACUCUGUAACGCCACCUUCAAAAAGACCUUCAAAAACCUGCUCAUGUGCCAGUAUAAGAACAUUGGCACCAGAUGAACUAAGGGAAGAAGCAGCCAGCGAAGAUGGAGAUAUGAUAUGGAAGGUACAAAGGCUGUCCCGGUACUGUGCAGUACAUUGUGAGGCUUCAUAGUCCCAUAAUGCUGAAACAGUGUGUCAUAACCAAAAGUUUAUGUAUUAAGAAAUCAGUGUUUACAAGAGGAUGAUGGAGCAAUGGACAAGAGACUGAAUCACUGAAGAAAUCAAGCUGAUAAAUGACAAAUGACUUUUCCAGUAAUCUGAUCAUUGCUCUACUGCUAAGACCACUGGAAUUUUGCACUAGAGUAAUGUGAAGAUCAAGACAAUAACAAUGCUUUAUAGAGGCCAAUGGCUAAUUUUUCCAAAAGUGAAGAGACAGAAUAUCAGCAAAUACAAACCAAAAGAGACUUGGUGAAUAGUAGGAUUUUAUUGACUCAUUUAUAUUCCCAGUAUAGGACAAAUUAUAUUGAUCAAGUCCUCUUGGUUAGUAUUAACACUGUUUCUAAACCAGACUUCUGUGACAGGAUGCACAUUCGUCAUACAGAGGUGAAGAAGAUGUGACUGGAGAACAUACCACAGCCAAAACCCAUAACAUAUGGAAAAGUUACUAUUAACAUAUGGAAAAGCUUCCUGUUUGACUGUCCCUGAAAGCAUGAUGCUCCCAAGUGAGAUUCAGUUUCCUACACCUGCACCUUCCACUUUCCAAAUGAAGGAAGUCACAGACUGCAGCUGCUUGCUGACCACAACAGCUGUGUAUUCCAUUACAUUCAUUGGGACAAAUUCAGGGCAUGUGGUUCAGCCUGGAGAAGUUAGUCAUCAUUAUCCUCUUAGCUUGAUCCUCUUGAGGUUCUGGAAUAGGUCAAAAUUGAAAAGGAUCUCCUCAAUGGAUUAGGAUAGGCAUUAUAGACUUUAAAUGGGAUGAGACACUCUAUACUGAGCUGAGAAAUGUCACUGUAAGGGUUUGACCUUACAGAGGUGUGUAAAUAUGUUUAGUUAUGAUGAAUAUAUGCUCUUGAAAGUAUUAUUUCUUCCCUGCAUUUAAUGUAUGGAUGUUUGUGUUCCUCUUGUGUUUGGUUGGUGAUCUUCAUGUGAUUUUACAGAUUAAAUAUUAAAUGUAUUGUUGUCUGUAUGCAAAAAUGUUGAAACCAUUUAUAAUUUGUGAUAUACUUGGAAAAAAAUAGGAGAUGACUAGUACAUUUAUUUAACCUGUUUAUAAGAUGUUCAAUUUCAAGCAUUUCAUUUAAAAUCGGGGCACAAAGGACUGUCCGUAAAUUUGAGAAAUGGAAAAUUGGUUUUAUUUCCCCCUGUUAAACACAAUGUUGAUUUAGUAGAUUUCCACUUGAUGAUAUUGUUUUCUCAUGGUGCAAUAUAGUUUUGUCUAGUUUGUAUUUAAAUACACAGUUUGUAACUGAUGAAACAGCAGCAUGUAAACCAGCAGGAAUGAUCUCCCACAGUGGUCAGAAUUAGCACAGAGGAAGAAAUGUGUUGAUGUUUUAGGGCUCAUGAUGUUACAUUAUUAACAAGCUGCCAGUUUCAGCAAUUACAGACUUUAAAGCAUUAAACCAAAGAGGUCAUGGUGCUCCGGUCUGUUAUUAGGCCUGGUCUGGAAGAGAGAUUAUUCAGUCAUUAGCAUCAUUUUAAGAUGCAGAAACUUGCCUCUUUAACGUCUUGGGUUUGGUUUCAUGUUUCUACCUCAUAAUCAAAUUUCCAUUCAUAGCAUCUGUAUCUCCAAACCAGCUCUGAAUCUCUUUAUAAUGAGUGGUAAAGACAGACUAAGUGACUAGUAUGCCAUUGAACAAGAAUUUAAAACCAGAUUUCCAUUUUUCUUAAUGUUUUAAACUUGCCAGUUGCUUUGGUCUUCUUCUGAUACAUGGACUGUAUGUUGAAGUAGGCUGUUCACUGCAUAUCUUAGUCAUUCAAAUACAUGCUUUUAUAUCCCCAACUGUGAUGCAACUCUAAGACGACUUCACAUUGGAAUAUCAGUAUCUCUAAGAGAGUUAUGAAACUGUAACUCCUUUUGUAACUAUACUAAAGAAAUUCAAUCAUGCAAUCCGAUCGGUUACUAAAUAUUGUCUUCUGCAAUUCUGAAAAUAGCAAAGGUCAAUCCUUAGCAUCUAUUAGAUGACCAAUACAGCAAAAUGACUUUAUGCUCUCUUUCCUUUGGUCACUUCAAAUGUUUAUAAAAUGUAAAUUGUAUAGGGAUUAAUAAAGACAUCCCCCAUUUAACUGUACCAGCUGAAGGGCAAAGUCAAUGAUUAUUACCCCAGUGAAGCUGAUGGAAUGACCACUGUAUUUGUUGACUUAUCUACCACUGCCCUUAAAGAGCCAGUGUACAUAAGAGUGUGUGGUUAUUUUUCU